UAUGACUCCGUCUGCCAGCCAUUAUUGAACCUCGAAUCGCGGGAUCCCCGGGUUCCGCCAGAGGGGUUACAGUAUAUUAGACUUCUUCGACGGGUCACCACAAACUCUCGGGUGAUCUUCAGAGCUGUCGCCUUAGUACUUGAUGGACUGUCUCCUCUUCAUUACUAGUAAGUGUCCUUGCUUGCAAUGUUGCCAGACUUUCAAUAAGCAAUCAACGCGAUCAUGUCGGGGACAAGUACCAGCGGCACGAAUGGCACGGUGGUCAUCAGUGGACCGGACGUUGUACAGACCUCCGACUUCUAUGUCAAAGCUGGCAUCCUCCACCCUGUCACCAUCGGCUCUAUCGCGGUGAUAGCGUUAUUCGCCUACCUCCGCCUGGGUAGCAAUCGAUCCAUAGCACCCAUCACCAUCUUCGACUGGCUCAUCAACGUCGCCUUGGGCAGUACGCUUGCAGGUAUUGUGAACGGCAAUUCACUCGUGCGGGGACUUCUGUCCCUGGGUACGAUGCUAGGGUUCCAAUUCAUCACAUCCACAAUGGCUUGCCGAUUCAAUGGACACCUCUCCUGGUUAUUCCAAAGUCCACCAUUGGUCAUUGCGUUUCGAGGGAUGAUGUUAACUGAAGUGAUGAAGAAGCAUCGGAUUUCCAAUACCGACCUCAACGCGGCACUGAGGGCUCAGAAUGUGGUCAAUAUCUGUCAAGUGGAAUGUGCGAUUAUCGAACCCAAUGGUACAAUCACCGUGUUCACCUCUAAAGAGCUGGAAGAUGCAAAAGUGUCGCCAGAUGUGCUACUGGCGGUGCCAGCAUACAAAGCACUUGUUGAUGAGGAAAACGGACUAGGAGGGGUCAGACCCGGGAAAACAAGAUCGGAAGACGAGGAGCAGACUCCUGAAUCUUCAAAGGAGAAUUGCGCUUGCAGUGACAUGGACGAGGCCGCGAAAAAAGCUUCUUGAGGUGGAACGGUCAAAUCGCUCUUCGAGUCUCGGUGUCUGGGGCUGGACGAGAUAUCUGGCCUUGCUACAUAGGUACGUACCGGGCUAGGGGCUGUAGACAAUGGCCGUUGGAUACGCGCACUUUUGAUAUCGAAGCAGCCAUGAGAUGUUGGUUUGCGAAG